AUGAAUGCCACCAAGCGGAAAUUCAACGCCCUUAUCCAAGGGAUCGGCACGCGCUCAUCACCCCAGGCACCAGAUGGCGGCCAUGAAAACAUUACGAGGACGACCAGCCGCGAUGCCGUCCUUGAAUCGCCUUCCUUGAACCGCACCCAAGCCGAGACUACAAACUCGACAACGCCGACAAGACCGAACGAUAAGUCGCCCAUCCCAAUGUCCUCGAUAACUAGCGAUUUCCUCAGCAAACGACGGCGCGUAGCCGCUCUGGGGUCGACGACUGGGAACGAGAGCCCCCUUGGGAGUACCAACAUAUCCGAUGUGGUGCUGAAGAAAACAACAACUGCAACUCCUAGCAAGGAUGCAAAAGUCGCGCCACCCAGGUAUUGUCCCGGUGAUCGAGACCAGCUGAUUAGACGGCUGGGCACUUUUCAGGAACUCACCGAGUGGACGCCGAAGCCGGAUAAGGUCAAUGAGAUCGAAUGGGCGAAGCGAGGCUGGGUUUGUCAAGGGAAGGAGCGCGUACGGUGCACAUUAUGCAGCAAAGAAUUGGUCGUCAAGACGAGCAAGAGGAAUGUGGACGGCAAGGAGGUUCCGGUCACUGUGGGUUCCGACUUCGAACAAGCACUGGUAAAGAAGUUUGCGGAAUUGAUGGUCGAGGCGCAUGAAGACGACUGUCCAUGGAGGAGGCGUGGUUGUGAUGAUUCGCUUCUUCGUCUUGUCCUUACAAGUCCAUCGACAGCCCUUCCCUCCCUCCGACAGCGCUACGAUGAACUUUGCGCCCGUCCAGCAUUCCUCCCCUACCAAUUUAAUCUACGUCUUCCCCCGUCCUUCUCCCUCCAGGCAGUCAAAGCCCAAUUGCCACCGAAUUUCUUCACCGAGCCAACACCUUCGACUUCCUCGUCCGCGACACCAAACGAUGUGGCCCUUGCCCUAGCACUGACCGGCUGGCAAGGGCUGAAUAAUCCGCGCAUAGGCCCAGUCCCCAACUCGGCCGCCUGCGCAACGUGCCUGCGGCGCCUCGGCCUGUGGAUGUUCAAGAGCAAGGAGGUUGAUCCGGAAACAAACGAGAUCUUAGUUCCAGCUCCAAUGGACCAUCUAGACCCGGUCCGCGAACACCGUUUCUUCUGCCCCUGGCGCAAUGCAGGAGCCCAGCGCAACUCAGGAAGCCACGCGAGCGAGAAAGAAGACAAGACAGCUUGGGAAGUGUUGGCUGUCACGAUUCGGAACGCCUCCCAUUUACGUGGACAGACGGAUCGAAGCGGCACCCCGAGCAAAGGAGUGCACGGGAGGAGCAAGAGUACCAUCGUCCCCGGGAAGGGCGCAAAUGCUGUCAUGUCAUCACCGACAACACCAGGUCGGGAAGACGGACGCCUGGUGAUGCUCGGUCCGGAUAUGGUGGAAGAUGAAGAAGACGAAAACGUAAAGGAAGUUAAGGACAAGGAGAGAUGGGCGAGGCUGCGGAGAGUGAAGAGUCUCUUCAAUACCAAAAACGGGAAGAGGUUACAGCGGUCGUUGAGCCGGCCGGGCACAGCGUCUAAUAGACCUGAUACUGCCAAGUCAACCGCUACUGGGAGCGAGACAUAG